AUGAGCGGUAUUGAUGAUUCUCUUAAGCAACAAAUAUGCUCUUAUUUGAACUUCUCUGAAGGUAUUCUACCAGUGAGAUAUCUUGGUGUGCCAUUGAUAUCAAAAAGGCUCUCUUGUUUGGAUUGUUCUGCACUGCUCAGUAGAAUCUCUGAGAAAUUCCAAAAUUGGCAAAAGAGGAAGGUGUUAUCAUAUGCCGGGAGAUUACAAUUGAUCAAAUCUGUCAUCUUGGGAAUUCAUAUAUUCUGGACAAAUAAUUACAUUUUGCCAAGUAAAGUUCUUCGUAAGAUUGACAGCUUAUGCUCUGAGUUUCUAUGGAAUCGGAAAAUUCCUCUUGUCUCCUGGAAUUCAGUUUGUCAAAAUAAAAAACAAGGAGAUUUGGGUGUGUUUUCUGCAAGAAUUUGGAAUCAAGCUACAGCUAUCAAGAUUAUGUGGUUAAUACAUCUCAAAAAGGAUCAUCUGUGGGUCAAAUGGAUACAUGGUAACUAUUUGAGUCAUGCUAAUGUUUGGCAGGUGCAAGUUAAAAUAAACGAUUCAUGGAUGUGGAAGCAAAUUAUAAAGAUGAGUGAUAUGUUGAUUGGUAUGCUGGGGAGCACUGAGAAUCUAACGAAUUUAAUUGAUAGCUGCUGUGUAAAUGGAAAAAUUGUUGUUUCGGCAGUUUAUGAAAAACUGAAUCAUUCUUCUCAGCAGGUAGCAUGGUCAGCUACUGUAUGGGAUAGUCUUCAUUACCCCAAGCAUUCUUUCAUCUUGUGGUUAGUUGCCCAUUCUAGGUUGCUAACACAAGAGAGGCUUUGUCGUAUGAACAUCAUCAAUACUAAUAGGUGUGUGCUAUGUUCUAAUCAGCUGGAAACAUGCCAACACCUUUUCUUUGACUGUCAGUACAGUGCUAGUGUUUGGAACAAGGUCAUGGAUUGGUUGAAGUUCAAUUGUAGAUCUUGUGAUUGGGAGCACAUUAUAGAUUGGUACAGUUGUAGACUUCGAAGAAACAAUUUUACAGAAAAAUUGAAAAGAAUGGCGCUCUCUGUUUCAGUAUAUUAG